AUGCAGGUGAUACUGGAAUGCCCAGCGGUCGCAAAGCAGCUUAUAACCUCUUGGCAGUGGCGAGAACCCAAGCGUGAGCUCGAUAGUCAGGUGCCCAGCUUGAUUGUUUCGCAUAAAGCUGAAGGCCGACACAGCAGCGGUCUCGUGGAGCUUGGUCCCAAACUCCGAUGGGCCCGUAUUGUAGACAGGCGCUCGCAGAAUUCUCCUAAAAAGCUCUGGUGCAACUACGAGUUUACUCCUCAUAUGUCUGGCAGGGUAAGUUUUUCGUAUUCUGAUAAUUUUACAAGAACCCAGCUUUCUUCAGCCAAAUUCACUAAAUAA